UACUCAUAUUUGGUUGAAACCUACCUACUGUUAGUGUACUUGUCUGAGUGUACUUCAAGAGCUUGCCUGCAAUAAAAAUGUCUGCGACAUCUGAUGGUGAUGUGGAGCAGUUCUGCGUGUGCACUUGUCCUACCGAUAAUCUUCCCAUUUCAUUAACUUUAGGAAUGACUUUCCCAGUUUGCCCAUUCUGCAAAAAACCAUGGAAAAGUCAACCCACAGGGCCCCCUACUACUGAAAGUGUUGUUGAUAGCCAUGCUGCUGGUGGUGUAGCUGCUGGUGUGGAGACACUGAAAGAAAUCCACAGUACUUGUAGAACUGAACCACCUUCAUUAGCAAAAGACCCCAAAUUUCUAACCAGCACUGAUGGAGAAAACGUCACACCAUAUACCAAAGUUAAAAAUCCCACACCAGACUGCAUUGAUUCACCAAGAGAAAAGUCAACAAAAGACACCGAAGACCCACCUGCUCAUUCUCUACGAGAGCAGCCACGGACUUAUGCUGACCAAGUUGGAUCCUCUACUGUGGACUCAGAGGAAUCAAGACCCUCAGGUCAGCCAAUGACAUACGGUCCAAUACUUGCUGAAAGGGUACCUGAAAGUGAACAAACAACUGCGCCAGGUAAAGUUGGAAAAAGAAAAAGACACUAUCCUCGAACAAAUUGGAGGCCGAUUGAUGGCUACCAUAGCGAGAGUGAGGCUGACUCAAUACCAUAUCGGUCUAGCUGUCGAGAUAAGCCUAGCAAUCAAAAUAAUGCCCCUGGAGAUGAACAAGAUACUGUAUCAGAUAAACAGACUAGUAACUGUGAAGUAACUAUGACAAAUGGAUUAAGACGGACUGAUGGCUAUUCUAGUGACGGUGAGGCGCCUAAGCAUGGCUCACAGGAAUUUGCAGCACAAAAUGUGCCUGUGGAUACACUGGAGAAAGAACUGGCAGGUGUUUACAGCAAACCGAAGGGUUACAAUCCCGAAGGAUCCGAAGGAUCGCUUGAUGUUGUGUUCCAUGUGAUCAUCGCCAAACCAGUCUGGGAGUGGGACGACGAAUCUAAAGUAUUCCUUCGUUUUGGAAGUAAACACCUUGGGGGUUGGAAACGAAACAUUGGGAACUUUGUCAAAAAGGACAUAGAUAAAGAUUAUUGUGAGCUGUCUUGCCGACUUACCAUCAAUUUAAACGCCCUUAAAAAGUUUAUACCAUAUAAGUAUGUUGUAUUUACUCCUAAAACGAAAGGAAAAGAACAUUUGUACUUUGAAUUUCUUGGAAAGAGUUAUUCUGGACAACACACUAACAGAGUCUUGUACGGUUUAAAGGGAGGUGUUCAUCAACAAUUUGACACAGUGGCCCUACCUAAAGAUAUAAAUACAAGAACCUCAAGGAAAUGGCUUACUGAGAAAGUAAAGUCGUUUUUUGGCUUUCAGGGACCUCCUACUAGUGUUGAAAUGAGGCAGCUGUGCUUAAAGUUUUAUCUUCAGCUAUAUCGAUACCAAGACAUAUUCACGGUUCAAUUUGAAGACACUUUAAUAAGUGGCAUUUACAAGAUUGAGCACUUGUUUAAUUCUAUGCAUGUGAUUGCAUUUUCAAAUGAUGGUCAAUCAACAGAUUUUGAGUAUAAUGUCUCUGUUAGUGCAUCUGAGAAAAAUGGAAUUGUGCUGAAAAAGUGGUUUGCGGAGUGGUUAGUGUCUCUGACUGAAAGAGUUCAACAUCUUCAAGGAGCAGUCUGUAUUGUUUGGUGCCUCUUUCGACUUGGUAUCACCCUUAAAAAUGUGGAUGUACAGGCCGUCAUGCCUAUUCUUCUGAGGCUCCUCUCGCCUCCUGCUCAGACUAGACUGCAACAAUGGGAUGAUUACAAGAUCCUUUGCUCUUCCAUCCCACAAAAGGCCCAUAAGGCUGAAGUAGCUGAAGCUGUAAGGAAUAUCUGUUUGGCCAGUGCAACAAACAAAGGUGCAGGUGGUACUCUUAGCAUGGACUGGAUCCAUGGAAUUCCACUCUACUCAUUUCUCACUGAGACAUUUGAGCCAAAUGAGGAUGGUCGUUCCCGACAGGAAGGGACGCUCGCAAAAAGAUGGUUUUUGCUACGGGACAAGUUUAGUUUAACUUUUAUCAGGAAAAAGUUUGAGACUAAGAAAUCUAGGCACAUAAACUUCAAAUAUCUUAUGCAAUUUGACUUGCUCACUCUCCAAGCAUGUGUGUAUGUAUGUCCUGAUCAUGACCUUUCUGAGCUCUUUGCUGUGAUACCACCCAACGUCUGCACUUCCUGGCUGUCGUUUCUCCUGACUACGCUUCAAUAUAAAGUGAACAACAUGGAUGAGACGUCGAGAUGGAAGGAAUGGAUAAAUACGAUUGCAAAAAAUAUUUCGUCUGCUAUAUUUCAAAGUACUCAGGAGAAUUUGGAUUCUGCAAAGCUGCUGUUUAAGAACCUUACUAUGGUCGUGAGAAGCACACUUCGUCAUAGAGUUACAGUCAUUACAGCAGCUGCUUCUUUGGUCUUUACUGCUCUACAGCACUUCUGUGGAGAUGUGUCUGCAGACACUUUUUCCGAGAUGCAUGGCUUUGUGAGAGAUUGGAUCCAUCACCCUAGUGUAAUUGGAGGGAAGAUGCUCGGGUGUGAAAUUCAGAAGGAACACACCUUUUCUAAGAUUUACCCAGAACUUGAGGUUUGGAAGGUUCUACUUUCACUGGAUUACAGUGACAAGACUCUUCUAGGAGAAUGGCAAAAGAUAUUAUUGAGUAUCCUCUCUGAAAGAGUUGCUAACGUUCCUAAAUGGGAGAUUUUUUCACUUCUUCGGUUUGUUGAGCAGAAUGGAGAUGCAACUGUCACUGAUAUUGUAAUGGAAUCUUGUAAAGUUGCUGCUAAUUUAAUUUUGUCCCAAAAAUCAUCAGAUAAGCAGUUGGAGAGUAUAAUUUUUGAAAUGACAAAGGAAGAUUCAGUGGCAUUUGGUAAAGUGUUUGGGGCUAUUUUAGAGAAGCGCUACCCUCAGUUGAUGGAAGACAACAGUCAUGAUUGGAUUACUUUAGGAGUACUCUUGGAAUGGAUUGUCUGGCCCACCUACCUUAAAAUAGUCAAACAAGGUGAUGUGUGUCUCCUGAUGGAAGGCCUCUCCAAACAGUGUCAGAGAGCCUGUGUCUGUGCUGUAUUCAAAUUCAAGGACAUGUGUGAUCGUGUUUUGAGUGGUGAUAUCACAAUGUCUGACUUGAAUCAGAUGAUCGCACACAGAUACCGUGUGGAAAAACUUUUUGAAGCAAUAGAAGGUGAAGAACUCACCUUGAAGAUCGUCUCCGCUGCCCUGGACAAGAGAAUGCAACAGUAUCUAUUUAUUGAGAAUCGUAGAAAAGCAUACACAUAUAUUUGUGGCUGGAUAUCUGAAAUUGAAGGUAUGGCUACCUUGAGAGAUGAGCUUGGUCAAGAUAUCAGUGGAGCUAAACUUACUGAUCUCUGUCAGCUCAACGACGAUAACUCUAUACAACUAUUGUGCUACACAUCUGCAAAACCUCUAGAACCAUUUGCUGAUCAUUUUCUGACCAUGAAGAAUCACGGCUCCACUCUCUACACCCGCCCUCUUAACAAUAGGCUGAAGAAAAUAUUAGCCACUAGGUCAGACCUCACCAUUGCUCACAUUUACUCAGAGAUAUGGCAGCCAGUUUUUAAGGAUUGUCAAAUGCUGAUGCAGAGCCUAGUUGAUAAGAGCAUGACACUGUCGUUUGUAGACCAACAUCUGCAAGCAUACAAGAAUGAUCUACCGCCCUGCGAAAACACUCUUUAUAGUGCCGUUUUCAACUUAGAUGUUGGAGUGAGCAAGUGCUUGGGGAUUAAACCAAAUCAAGCACCCCUACGAUCUGCUCUGCAAAGCAUUGAGCACUACUGGAUUCUGUGUCGUUAUCAAAAAGGGGCACUUGUGUUUUUGAAACUGAGAGAUAUUCUCAAUCUGAAGGGGGAUUUUGGAAUUGUUGAAAGAUUAUCUCACCAGCUCACAGAGUCCGUGAAAGAAGACCAAACUCUGGCGACUAUUGACACGGGUGCAGUAGAAACUGAUCAAUUUCUGAAGGAUAUUAUCAGCAACCCACAAAAGUACAAAUGUCUUCAAACGUUCAGUAACUGCCAGGAAAUCAUUGAAUGGCUCAAAGCGUUCACACAAAGUGUCAUUGACAUCCAAGGAUUUGUGACCAUGGCUCUAGCCACUGCUGCUGGAGGAGAGGGAGACUUGGCCAGUGACAAACUCUCUCACCUACAAACUGUUGGCAGUGGUUUUGCAUCUCUCAUCUAUGAGAUGAAGGAGUCUGAUGAUUAUCUGAUGCUUAAGGACCGAUGUAAAUCACUUUGGAAAGCUCUGGUCAAAAACAGUAACUUACCAGAGCUAUUGAUCAGCUGUAAUAAGGACAUAAAGUGGUACACGUCGGUAAAGGAUACCCAGGGCUCUGUGGAGACUACCUCCUCCUAUGGCCAGAUGGCAAACAUUCUCAAGUACGGCACAUACAGAGUAGGCUUUAAGAAAAAUGCUCGGACUGUUCAUGAUUUCAUCUCAGUGAUACUCACCCGCCAAUACGAGGAACUAGUUAAAUGGAACUACACUCUAGACGAGCUUCGAGACCUUGAGAGCAAGUUAGUGCUCAUUUGUGGGAACAAUGCAAAGAACAGAGCGGAGGUCAACCACUACCUCAAUCUUCUGCACUGUGCCACCAGUAUUGCAGAGCUCUACCUGGAGCUCCAGAAAGCUGGAGAUGUCACAUACUCCAAUGCUACUUUUGAAUUCAAAUGUGUCAAAGGGUACGAGUUCAACUUGGAGGAAGCAAAACUAAGAGUGGCUACUCUACAGGACUACAUCAUCCACACCUUAGAACGGGAUAUGGUUACCUGGAAACAAAUUAUGGAAAGUGCUCGUGAUAAGUACUAUGAACUGAACUACUUUACGACGCUUCAAUUGCUCCAACUAAGGAAGGAACUGGGCAUACUCAGUCAAACUAGCACCAACCACAAAGUUGAAUAUAACAUAUUAAUGCUGCUAAAGAGUGUAUCCCCUCAGGUUUCUAGUAGGGUGGUAAUAGACUCACUGCAAGCAGCCGCACAACCUGAGCCUAUGGGCGGAGAGGGAGCCAUUCCCGUAGCUGAUACUGUUUCUGCCAAUUCAGAGAACAAGGACUCACUGCAAGCAGCCGCACAACCUGAGCCUAUGGGUAGAGAGGAAACCAUUCCCAAAGCUGAUAAAGUUUCUGCCAAUUCAGAGAACAAAGCAAUCCAGCUUGAUUGCACUUUACCUAUUGCUAUUUCUGAACCAAUACCUUCAUUAAUGCCUACAUUGAGUUUUGAAGAUCUAAACGAAUCGCAGAAAAGUAUUUACACAACGUUGAUGGGAUUUAACUAUUCUAAGGGCCACGUUCUAAGAGCUUUUCAAGAAUGCCAGGAUGUUGACUACUUUGAAAUUGAGACUUGGUGUGAUACCAAUGAGGACCUAUUUUAUGAAAGAGAUGUGGAUGAAGAUCAUAUAACUACUGUAACAAAGGAAAUAUAUAAUCCAGUGGAGUCAGAUGAUGAAGCCACUGUGCCAGUGUGUGAACAAACUAAUGUAUUGCCAAAAAAUCCUACUCAACUCGAUGUAGGGCUCAAAAUUCAGUCUGUAGUGAGACACUCAGUUGACUUGAGUCACCCUGGGGUAAAGGAGUUAGUGGAAGCAGGCUAUAACUCCCAAGAGUGUGUUGAAGCUGUAUAUCAAAGUAGAGGGGAUGUGGAGAAGGCUAUGAAGCUGCUUGAUGCCAGGGUGAUGGAGAAUAGUGCUCAGUCUGAUGUGGCCAUAAGUAGAGUGGAACCAACGCUAGAUCUCUCUGAGGCUGUAGGGGACGGUAUCACCGAAGCUCGAGAUCCUGAAGCCUGUAGGAGCCAUCUGGAACUUGACCACCUGGGACGUGUGCUAAAGGCUAUCAGCAAAUGCUCUCCAGGUACUGUGACAGUUCAAAGACCCUUCAGCCACUUUCUCAAGGCUGGGUUACCUAAUCUUCUAGUCACAGCUCCUGACAAUAUACUGAGUAGUGUGCUGGCGUUGUACAUUGAAGACCCAACCCUCCCGCUCCCCACACUAGAGGAGGUCCUUCUCUGUACUUUGUGUACUACAGUUGAAGAGGUCAGUCUUCUUUGGCGACGGGCCAUUGAUGACCCCUACUUCAGGAGAGUGUUUUGUCUGGCCCACGCUGAGAGGCUCUCCAAUAAGGUCUGUGAUGCCGCACUGAGAUCACUGCAAGAGCUUUCUCAGGGAAGGACUGACUAUCGCCUUGUAGUGAUCUGUAGUGAAAACAGUGAGGAAAAAUCUCACAUCAUCACACGGCUGGGCAAUAAUCAACGGCCAGUGAUUCCCAAACUGAUAGUGGAUGAUUGCAAAGACUACCUCAAGGCACACUUUGUGCACCAAAUGGACAUGGAGGUCAGUCAGGUCAAUCCUACAUUACACCUGCGAGCAUCAAUGGUGGACCCUGAUAACUCGUGUGUGCGUGUGGUGUCCUCAAACCGCUCUGGUAUGGGAAAAUCUUUAUACAUUAAGCAGAUGGCGGAAUCUUUGAAACAGGCCACCUCCAACAAUGCUUUUCAUGUUACCAUCCCAAUCCACGGGUCUGUGGUCAGUACUGACACGCUUAUGGACAGUUUCAAGAAACACACAGGGAGAGAUAACUGCACCAUCUAUCAUUUGGACAUUGCGCCAAAUGUGAUUGCUGAGGUUGAUUGUAUUCUAUUUUCACUACUCAUACUGAGUGGGAUCAGUGACAGCCGAGGUCUUGUAUGGAGAAGGCAUACCGGUCACCUCUACAUGGUAGAGGUUACUUUACCUGAGCAAAUAAGUGACCAAGAGGAUUUCCAGACUCUCCACCUACUUAAUCUAUUUCCUACUGUUCAAUGUUCCAGCCCUAAAGAUGUUGCCACAAGGAGACAACAACAACCGGAUUCUGGUGUGCUUGGUAUGAACAAGAAGGAAUUUGAAGGGCCCACAAUACAGAGGGUGUACCAAUACCUCAAGAGGUACACAAAUGGUCAAAAUCUAGACACCUUCUUAUACCAGGGAUUGGUUGAGGGCGAUGAGAGGGACUGCCUCAAGAUCAUACUCAGCAAGUGCGGUGUUAGAGACCCCAGUUGGGCUGAGAUCAGUCACUUCACUAAGUUUCUGGACAUUCAGCUCAACUCUUGUGAGAACUCUGUGUUCUGUGAUGAGAUUCUUGUAGGUGAUGUCAUGUCUGGCAUUAAGGAAUUUGUGGUAAAGUUCAUGAUUAGGAUGUCACAGGAUUUCUCAACACCCUCUCUGGAGGGAGUGCUGGCCAGGGAAAACCUGGAAGUGGAUGCACCAGAUGCUGCUGAAGCAGGUGACCAUGACCAGUUGGAACAGCACCAAAUUGUCGCAAGAAGGCAGUGGGAGCAAACUUCCCACCCGUACAUCUUCUUCAAUGAUGACGCGUUUAGCAUCACUUUCAUCGGGUUCAUAGUGACGCCAAAUGGUGACUUAGUGGACCCAGUCCACAGAGUAGUGCUAGAGCCAGCCAUCAUGAGGCCACAGCUCUACACUAGGCUCAAACAUGACAAGAUAAACUUCGAUGAGGACUAUCGCAUCUGGAGUAAGGAACUGAUGAUCCAAAAGAUAGCAAGUGUCAUGGGACUCAAAAGUUUGACUGAUCCAGACAGUUCAUACGUGCUAACUCCUGAUAAUCUUAUCAAGAUGUUGGCUAUCCAAAUGAGAUUCAGGUGUGACAUCCCAGUGGUUAUAAUUGGUGAGACAGGCUGUGGCAAAACAAGGCUCAUUCACUACAUGUGUGAUCUGGCGCGGGGAGGCUUGGAGCAGAGAAACAUGCUGAUUCUAAAAAUACAUGGUGGAGUAACCAACAAACACGUCACAAACUUUGUGAAAGACGCCGAGAGAUUGGCACAGAUCAACAAAGAAGUUAACCCCAAUCUGAGCACGGUGGUCUUCUUUGAUGAGGCAAACACCACUGAGAGCGUUGGACUAAUUAAGGAGAUCAUGUGUGAUCGUAGAAUGAAUGGCCAACCAGUCUCCAAAGACCUCAAGUUCAUAGCUGCCUGCAACCCAUACAGAAAGCAUUCGAAGGAGAUGAUCGAAAAACUGGAAAAAGCUGGCUUAGGGUUUAAUGUGAGAGUUGGUGAAACUCAGCAGAAGCUAGGUAAAGUCCCCCUCCGUCAGUUCGUAUAUCGAGUGCUGGACCUGCCUCCCAGUAUGAGACCUCUAGUGUAUGAUUUCGGUCAGCUUAACACAGGCACCGAACUAGACUAUACUAGUCAGAUCGUCAAGGAUCAUGUACUAAGACACCCAAAACUGAGGACAGAGAGCCCUGCCAUCAUUCCAGCUAUAUCAGCAGUGCUAGCUGCAUCGCAAUUAUUCAUGAGAGAAAUAAAGAAUGAGUGCAGUUUUGUAAGUCUGAGAGAUGUUGAAAGAGCUAUGAUUGUGUUUGAGUUUUUCUACAAGAAAAUGGACAGUGUGUUUGCUCCACUCAUAGACAAGAAAGCGCAGGAGGACUACAAUGAGCGUUGUGCAGUAAGAGAGAACGCUGAGGAUGAUGACCUAGCAGCCCUUCCCCCUCGCCCUAAACAGCUUGACAACAUCACAAGAGCAGUCAUUCUCUGUCUAAGUGUUUGUUACCAUGCCAGGCUACAGGACAGGGCAUGUUAUGAAGAGAAGAUCUCAAGAUGUUUCAACUCUCCCCUACAGCUACCAGAAGGGGCACAACAGCUCAGGAAUGAGAUCAAAUUGUGUGAGGAAGGUUUACUGGACAACAUGGUCCUUGGUCCCAACAUUGCUAAGAAUGCUGCCCUGAGGGAGAACGUGUUCAUGAUGGCUAUUUGUAUUGAGCUGAGGAUACCUCUCUUCUUGGUAGGCAAGCCAGGUAAUUCCAAGUCUUUGGCCAAAUCUAUUGUUCAAGACUCCAUGCAUGGACGAGAAUCGCAGUCACCAGUGCUAAGGGAGUUCAAGAAAGUACAUAUAUUCUCGUUUCAAUGCACUCAGCUGUGUACUCCAGAGAGUAUAAUAGAGGUGUUUAAGCAGGCUGAGCGAUUCCAAGCCAAGCAGGACAUAAAACAGUAUGUGUCAGUGGUUGUGUUGGACAAUAUAGGACUAGCUGAGGACUCCCCCUCCCUUCCCCUCAAGGCCCUACACCCACUGCUGGAAGACGGGACAGAGGGAUCGGGUAAAGAUCAUCAACAGCAGAUUGUAGAGCGUGAAAAGAGAGUGGCCUUCAUUGGCAUAUCUAACUGGGCGCUGGACCCUGCUAAGAUGAACCGUGGUGUUAUGGUAACCAGGGGAGACCCUGGGAAGGAUGACCUGGUAAUGAGUGCUGAAAGCAUCUGCUCUAACAAAGAGAGAGAUCCAGUGAAGGAUCAACUAAAACAUUUUUUUGACCCUCUAUCUAGAGCGUACCUCGAGAUUUGUAGUGUCUGUGAGAAAGGUGGAAGACAGUUGUUUGGUCUACGAGACUUUUACAGCCUUAUCAAGAUGCUGUAUUGGAUGUGUGCAAGAUCAAAGCCACUCCCACUGUCUUCGGCACAGCUGCAACAUUCCAUAUCCAGAAAUUUUGGUGGACUCGAGUUGGAAAAUUUAAAACCGUUGCAAGUGUUUGAUAGAGCUAUUGGAAAUAUUGGCUACCGAGACUUAACUGGCCUGAAUCAAGAGAUACUGUCAUUACUGAACCCUGAUUGCACUCGCCUGGGAUUAAUUAAAACCAGCCUUAAUACCAAGGAUACCACUUGGCAUGGUGAAAAUCGCUACCUGCUGUUCCUGACUGAGAACUACGCUGCUCUAGACAUUAUGAAGCACUACCUUUAUGUGGACGAUCAAGACCUCGCCUUACAGCCUUACAUUCUAUUCGGUAGUAGCUUCCCGAAGGAUAAAGAAUACACACAGGUCUGCCGUAACACAAACCAGAUUAAAAUCUGCAUGGAGACAGGUCGUACAGUUAUUUUGCUCAACUUGGAUAACUACGAAAGCCUUUACGAUGUCCUCAACCAAUACUAUAUAUACUAUGGUGGAGUACGAUAUGUAGACCUUGGAUUGCAAACACACAGGGUUAAAUGCAGGGUUCACAAUGAUUUCAAGCUGAUUCUGAUUGCUGAAAGAGACACAGUAUACGAGAAAUUCCCUACCCCCCUCAUAAACCGCCUGGAGAAGCACUUUGUCCUCACCUCCUCCAUCCUCGAGGAUUGGCAGAGGGAGGUAUUAACCGUCUUUGAGAAAUGGAUUCAAGACUUCUCAAGAACAAGUGACUAUCGAGGCAGUAGCUUCAGCGAGGCCCAUGCAUUCAUUGGCUACCAGAAGGACACACCUGCAGCAGUGGUUUUCCAGGCUACUAAGAUAUUGAGGAGACUUCAACAGAACCAUCGAAUGGAUAGCAAAGUAAAACACUUGUUGGUGAGGACUGAACACCACCUGUUAAAGGCUGGUAUCAUUACACAAGACCUUGCUGACCUCUCUGAAGACUCGUGUCAGUGGACUGAUUCAGUUAUCAAACUAAGCAAGUUCCUGCUUGUCCAAACAGCUGCUGACGCUGCAAUAAUUGGUUUCCUAAGGUCAAAAUAUCCACCUGAAGAAGUUGAUUACAUUAUGAACUGGUACUUCGAGCACCAGCAACACUGCUCAAUAGGGGAGUUUUUACAGUACGAGCUCGAGUGCAGUCACCAUUGUGAGAUAUUCAUGCAGGUCACCACACACUGCCCACUGAUGACAAAGGAAGAGUUGGCCAUUGUUACUGAAUCUAUGGGCGUGGACUUUGCAGAAUUUGAUCUGCUUGAUUUUGAUUCUGAGCUGGAUUUCUCAAACAAAAUAGGACCCAAGUUCCUCCGUGACGAAGAUAAUGCAAAGCCCUUCUUAGUGAUUAUACAAUGUGACUCGGGGCAUUUGAAUUCUGAUCUCAUUGCCUGUGCCAGAUUUCGAGUCUGUGAAGAAGCAAUACAUGCAAAGAUGAAGAAUGAAAUCCAUGGUCGAGAUGAUAUCACGCACGUACUGCUUAUUAUUCGUUUGCCACCACAAGAGGUCAAGUCACAGUUUGUUGGUUUCCAAGGGGACCCCUGGAUUUCAGUGCAUAUUGGUGACCUGAGGCCAACUUCUGAGGCCACAGUGAUACCAGAGCAGGCAGUCGAUGCAUUUAUCAGUGAGCUGUUUAUUAGACAUCGAGAGAGUAUACUGCUCCAUCCUCAGCAUCGCCGACUACACAGUUGUGUGCAAGCUGCAGUAUCUUUGCUCAAGGACUCUCAGAGAGACAGAGCAGUGCUAAGAAUACAGAAACUCAUGGCACUGAUUCCAAAAGCACCUCCUGAGCAAUUAGAUGAGGCUCCAUUUUUUGCUGUUUUGAUCCAAUUAAUUCACUCGGCUCUACAACAAAGGAAAGAACUCAGAAGAGGAGAACAAGAAUGGCUGCUCAAUGAGGCUAUGAGUGGUCAGAUACUACGUAAUGGUGGGACAUUCAGGAAUAUGCUGGCUCGUUGUAUCGAUGUGGUCAUCACCCCCUACUUUGCUAAGAUCAUUGCCCAUGCUGAUCAGAACUCUAACCUUGACCUCCUUGAUCCCAAAAACCUAGAUUCCCCUGUCUCAAGGGUCUGGCUUGCCAUGUUUAACUUAACUGGAGAGGGGAUGGACUGUUCCACACAGGCAGAGGGCAAGACAAUCGUCAAGACUGACUUCCACUGCCAGUUUCCCUUUUCCUGGAUGAUAAGAGAGGUGGUCACUGCUCAGGGAAUAAAUGUGCGAGGUGCCAGAAAUCGUGGGUUUGCUCUGCAAACCAUUUGUGAGACUCUGAGUCUUACUAGAGUGGGUUUAAUCUUGGACAGUGUCAAAGAGGUCCAUAUUGACCAGUUAUACAGACUUUACCUUCAUGACUUUGUCCGAUACGUGCACAAUAGCAGCCUCAAGAAUCACCUUACUAUAACGGAAUAUCAAUUAAUUAUGGAAGCAUUAGAUGCUAUGACGCACCGUAAUGAAUUUUGCUCUGUGGAUGGUCAUGAGUCACUAUCUCGUAAGAUAGUGGCUCUUCAUCUGAUUCAUGGUCAGUGGUCCACUGAGGUGAUGCAGUUUAGCCAGCUGGUUCUGAACAGACCAGGGAUCUUACAUUCACUCUCUAUAAUGAACCCAUUGGCCAGAGCAGGAAAAGAAGCGUUUACUCUUCACUUGUGUGCUGUACAAAGAGUGUUAGAGUCAGACCACGAAGAUGGUGACCCCACAAGCCCAUCCUGGGCUGGCCUCAAUCCUCCAUUGCACAAUCUCUCCACUAGGAAGCAGGAUGAGGUCACUCGAAACCUGCAGCGCUGGUUGAACAAUGUUCGUUUGUCUCAGAAUGUUAUUGAAACUAUCCUGAGAUCAAAUAGUGUGAAUGAUGCUACAAUAACGUCCAGGCUGACUUGGCAAAGGAUCAGAGCUUUGCAGAUAUUUGCUGAGACCGUGUAUCUGCCUCAUUCCAGAGUGAAGGGAGUUCCCUUCAUCACUAAAAAACUUGAAUUUACAUUAAAAAGGCAUUCUGACUUUUUAAAGAAAGACACACUACUUGCUGUCAAGCAGUUUUUGAAGACCUUUUUUGAUUUGAAGCAGCUUGAAGCUGACAAAGGCACAAAGGAUAAAAUAAAAGACAGUUGCAACCGUUUUUUUAUUGAGGUUGUCUCCAGUCUGUGUUUCGGUGGUAGGGAGAUCCCGGAGUCAGAGCUGAUUGAGCUGCUGUUGGAUAAUGUCCUGCAGGACAGAGAAACUAGUGCAUUGUCACCCUAUAAAAAGCAGGACCAAACUCCCGUCAUCAGAUCAUUCCUACUGCAGCUUCUACUGGAGCACGAACCUAAACAGGUACGGCAAUACAUGGACAACUACUACCAACGAUCCAGUGUGGUUAGCCGUGGCCAUGGCAUGGACCAGGAUCUCUGUCUGCUUUCUAUUCAGUGCUUUGAAGAUGCACUACAUAAACGGAUGAGUAUCCUCUCUCCUGAUGACAAAGCUAACAAAGUCAUGCAGCUCCUGGAGAGUAGCCAUUUAGCACUACAGGAACAUUUGGGGACACCGACAGUUCGUCUUAAAUACCUUGAGGCAGUGGCAGGCAUUCGUUUUGCCCUUUCUAUUCUAGCUGAGCAGUUAAAGAGUAACACUGUCCGCUACUCUCUCCUCAAAGUGGCUAAAAAGCUAUGUAUAGACACCAGAGUGAACAUAAUAGACCCCACAGGAAAAUUAGACACUACAGGACCUGUGCUCUAUCUCAUAAAGCUCAUAGUGAGGCAGUUUGGUUUCCCUUGUCUUCGGGCUGUGAGUCGGGUCCAUUCCUGGCUCGUCCCUGAGGGCUUAAAGAGGGCUGACAAUGAGGAGAGACCCAUCGACCCUUUUGUGCUGUAUGAACGAGACUAUCAGGAUAUGCGGAUCGCUGUCAACACUGCAUUGCGUACAAAAAAAACAACAGACCUUACUACCUGUGUGGAGGGUGGAGCUAAGUUUUGUCUAUUGGCCUUCGUCCUGUACCAAAAGAGCACUCUCUCACUAGCCACCACAGUACCAACAGAGCCAAUACAACAGGAGGAACACAAAGUACUGAAAGACUUCCUACGAGACAGCCCAAGCAUCUCAACAGACUUGCUACAUGUUCUGCGUUUGCUCCUGGCUAAUCGCCAGAGUGGUACUCUGGUUCAGAUGGUUGCCUCACCCUAUCAAGCAGGCCUACAUAGGACCCUCACUGGCCUUGUAGUGCACACGGUCACUGUGUUACUGAGCAGGGCUAACACUGAACUACUGCUGCCAUUUAUUAACAUGAUUAACAACCCCGCUGCUCUGGAGGAUGCGUAUCUGCCCACCAUGCAAGACAACCUGGUCCAUGAAGUGAAAAAAGCACACGAAGGCAGUGCAAAUGAAACAUCCAAGUUCUACAAAUGUCCAAAUGGUCACCUGUAUCUCAUCGGAGACUAUGGUAAGCCUUGGGUACGGAAAACCUGUCCUGAGUGUUAUGCAGCCAUUGGAGGCACUCACCAUACACUGUUGGCUGACAACUCGGAAGCACAAGUUAACGACAUGACCAAGACUGGCCAUGACCUUGGUUCCCCGCAACAACGCCCUGUCAAUCUAAAAAGAGAGAGGGAACUAUCCGCCACUGCUGUGGGCAUCAUAAGGGCACUCAUGCACGUUUCCUUCCUCUGGGCGGCCUGCCAUAACCAAUAUCAGCUGGUGGACAUUGCCAGAGUUACCCGGAGUGUGGUACCGCUUCAGGACCUGGCAGAGUUUUUUUGGCUCCAUCUAGAGAAGGAUUUGGAGUGUAUGCAGAAUAGCACUGGGAGGGCAGUGGAUGAAUGUUUCAUGAUCCUGCAUCUGGUUCUGAAGCAAAUACUAACAUCUGACUACGUACCUAUGUCUCCGAUGUCUGCCAAUGUCAACCAGCUACAGUCUAAGGAUGCCCGUAAAGAGUGGGAAAGACUAUUCAAUACUUGUUAUAUUGAACCGAUGCUUAGUCAACUGCCGACAUGUAUGGAUACAGCGUGGGAUCUAGUAGCUAACGAUGAUCAACAAGUGCAAGACAGUCUGUUUUACCUGGCCUUUGAGAAGGUCAAAGUGGAUGAGAAGAAUAUGGACGUUCAUCUCUGGAGCUACAGACCACAGAUCAACCUGCAGCACCUCGAAAGUACUUUAAAGACUGGAAGCAAAUGUAAAAUCCUGGAAGCAUUCCUUACAGCUGAGCCAAGUCUACGUGCUACUCAAUACCUGCCAGACAUUGUAAAACUUCAACAGUUUAUGUUUGAGUCCUUUGACAGACGCCUAGACAAGAGCAAAGCAGAGACCAUGACCAUCAGACAAUUCCUGAGGGAUGUGAAGGAGACUAGGAAUGAACACAUCCAAAAGGAGUGCCAGGAAAUGAUCAAGAGUUUGAAGAAAGCAUGGGCUCUUGUGAGACAUAAGCUCAAGAAUCACAACCGACUACCUGUGGAGGAAGACUACCUGCUUCCAGAGAUCACGGAAGAUACUAGCAUGGUCUACCUGAUCCCAACUACCAUGAGGGAGGGACGUUGCACCACAGCACUAGUCGACUAUCUCGUUCUCACACACAAUUCCUUCAUUGAGUGGUGCAGAGGGAUCGUAAAUCAAGGGGCGGAAUCUACCUCCGCAGUGUGGAGGGAGCAUAAGGUUCUCAUCACCCACGUCCAUUCCUGCCACCUGCUAGAGUAUGAGCAGCAUUUACAGUCCAUUAUCCUCUCUCACUGUCAUUACUCUCUCACUGUGGGAAGGGGUCAGAACAUCAAGUACAACCUCCCCGCUCUAGAGAAACAUAUCCUUAACAGGUUCAUCUAUGGCAAGCCAAUUAUUCUCUUAGACAUCCCCCAUGUGGCGUAUUGUAAGGACAUCUACACAGUGGAAACUUUCCGGGAGAUACGGCGGAAGGUUAAACCUCAGGAACCCCUACUCCAACGUGUCCAGCAAGAUAUAAUAACAGAGCUGCAAAAUCCCGAGAAACUAAGAGAAUCCCUUGAUGUUGUAGAAGUUGUCCUUGGGCUACUUUCUUCAGGAGGAGGUAGUCACACCGUGAUGUUGGAAAAAUACAUAUCUACUAGGCGAAUGGGCAAAAAACCUUUCAGUGCUAAGGCCAAAGAGUCCUGCACACUGGGUCACAUUCUCUCUCUGUGGGAGAGCAUUUCUGUUGAGUUGGCCAGACAGCUAUGGCAUUCAGGACUGGAGCCAUUUGAAGGAAUUCCUCCAAAUUACUUAGAGUACUUGUCGGAUGAUCAGAUAGCGGAACUGGAUGAAUGUCUUAGGACGUACGACCUUGGGCUGCUGCUGGGGAGUCUCUUUGAGUUUAUUGAGAUCCAUGUCAAGCACCUCCCUGCCAAUGAGGAGGAGUUCCCAUUAGUGGAUGCCAUUGAGGCAUACUGGGACAUGACGGAGCAGACUCCUAUUGACCCUGAGCGACUGAGGAGAGAUUUCCCUGUAAGCGUUACAGUACCUCAGGCCGUGGCCACUUGGAAGCACAUUGCUGUGUACAAGAAAAAGGAACAUUCAUAAUUAAAGUACUUAUUAUAUUAUAGUCUAGUGUGAAACAAACUUAGACAAUUGUAUAUGUGUAGGCUAUAUUAUUUGUAUACUUUUGACCGUAAUUAUAGGCAGGUACAUGCAUGUAGGUUAUAUAUAGAUCUAGAUUUAGUUGUCAAUCAAUGUACAUGAUUGUGUUUGUUGUGAAUUUGA